GUCUACUCUUCUACAUCCCAUCAGCUAGCUCUACAUCCUCAGUCUUCAUUCUCAAUCUCAAUCCAACCCAAUCCAAUCUUCACCAUGAAGUUCCUCAACCUCCUCACCGCCACCUUCUUCGUCUCUCUCGUCAGUGCCGUGGCUAUCGAGCAGACUCCCAACCACAUCCCCUACGGCCUCUAUCCCACCGGCUCUGGUAACGACAACACCCUCAACACUAUGAACACUCAGGACAGCUGCGGUCAGAUGUGUAUGGGCCACAACAGCUGCGGCGGCAAGUGCUCGACCUGCGACAUCAACAGAAGCAGAUGCGUCUAAGCAUAAGGCGAUGAUCGUGCCAAUUGGGUCUCUUGAAUGGUGAGUCGACCUGAUGUGGAGCUUGCGUGAGGAGAUUCUAACCUAUGC